UUAAAGGCACUUACACGAGCCACAAGAAGGGUGGGCAGGAGUGUACCCAAGCUAACUUCUCUAGUGUUAUCUGUGCUGUGGGCUCAGACUUAGAAACUUGAUGUGUCAAAUUAGUUAUAGAGCUGACUAUUUCAGAAUGGACUGUUUGCUCGUAUUACUGGAGAAGAGUCUUUGACGACUAUUUCGUCCGCCAGUGACUUAUCAUAUAUAAAAGAAUGAAGACGUUACUCGGGUAUUGAAAUAUUCUGGACUGUAUAUUCUGUAAUGUUCUGUAUAUUAUACACAAACUUUAAAUUCAAUCUAGCUGGUUAUCUAACUUGAAAGUAGAAGUCUAUCUUGUUCUUUAUACUUAAGUAUUCCGUUUACUGUCAUGCAAAGUAGCCUACAAAUGUGGCCAUUAUUACGUAUAGUCUGUCUGUCUGAUUGAUGGUGCAAAGCAACGAUGUUCCUGAAUUAGUCUAUAGUAGGCGAGCUAUGGCUGUUCCCAAAAGAAUCUAUUUUUGUUGUAGGUUACCUUGGCUAUAAUGUUAUAAUAGCAAUGUGAAGUCCUGACAUUGCACGAUUAGGCACAGUGUAGGCUAACUGUUAAAUGGACAGCCUAUUGAAUCUUUAUUCCGUAGCCUAUGGGCUGUGAACUCAGCGUGUAGAAGCCAGCCUCAACCACCACAAACUAAUCUUGUUGUAUCUGUUUGAAAUUUCUUUGAAAUUACGUAGGCCAAGUUACUUUUAAACACGCCCCUCUCUGCUGCCACACUGUCAACUCAAGAUAGCUGGCGGGCUCUCCUCCGAAGAAGGCGAGUUCAAAGACUGCAUCUCGACUGCAACGUUAGAAAGGGCGGCCGUAAUAGUGGGAAUUUGUUAUAGGCGUAUUACCAGUUAGAUUACCUUUUAUUUCAUGCACUGGACCCCGAUACUCUUUGAAAAUUCCGCCUAAAAAGAGACCUCGAUUUCCCCAAAGGAUUGGGCCUUUUUCACACGUUCACUACAUCUACCUGGACGUCAUAGCGGCAGCUCUCUACCACGAGCCGGUGGACUUCAACGCCGAGCCUCAUUGGGAUCCUAGCUGAUAGCAGGAGGGUUUAUUCUCCUGGCUGUCACUUUUGCUGCAUACCUAGGACCCCAAGGGCUCAAAGCGUACUUCACUCAGGUAAUUUGUUUUAUGACUGCGGGAGAAGAAUUCGGGUGAAGAUGAAGGGAAUUGUAGACGAACUGCACUACACUGUGGACGUUCUGGAGGGAGGCACAGCUCUCUCCGAUGUGAUCGAUAACCAUAUUUACGAGCAGACUUUGGCACAGAAGAACGCCUUCUUCGUGGCAGACCUGGGUGUGAUUCUGUCGCAGCACGUUCGCUGGCGAACUCAUAUGAGUGACAUCCGGCCUUUCUACCCAGUCAGGUGCAACAGCAGCUCUGCCGUCAUUGAGCUCUUGGCUGCCCUUGGCUGUGGCUUCAUCUGUGCCAACAAGUAUGAACUAGAGCUGAUUAAGGGCUUUGGCAUCUCCUCUGAGGACAUAAUCCUUGGUGGCAUGUGCAAGCAGCUCUCCCUGAUCAAGUAUGCCGCCAAAAGUGGCGUGGACCUCCUGCUAUGCGACAACGAGACGGAGCUGCGCAAAAUUGCUCGUUGCCACCCCAAAGCAAGGUUGCUGCUGCAGGUCGCUGUGGAUCCCAGUGUAGAAGGGGAGGAGCUGGCCAUGGCAUUUGGCUCCACCCUCAAGGACUGCCGUCACCUGUUGGAGUGUGCCAAGGAGCUGGAGCUGCAGGUGGUAGGGGCCAAGUUCCACGUCCCCAGCAGUUGUCAGGACCCUGAGAUGUAUAUUCAUACCGUCUCUGAUGCCCGCUGUGUGUUUGAUAUGGGAGAGGAGUUGGGUUUCCGCAUGAGCAUGUUAGACAUUGGAGGAGGCUUCAGUGGUUCUGACGCUCAGUUAGAGAAGGUGCACGGAGCGCUGAGGCCCAUGCUGGACAUGUACUUCCCCCCAUCGUGUGGCGUCUCCCUCCUGGCCGAACCUGGCAGCUACUAUGUGUCCUCCGCCUUCACGCUGGCCGUGAAUGUCAUCGCCAAGAAAGUAGUAGCCCGGGAUCGCAAAGACCAAGGCCAUGAUGCCGUGUGUGCCAGCGACGAGCCAGAGUUCCUGUACUACAUGAACGAUGGGGUGUACGGUUCGUUUGCGUACAAGCUGCUAGAAGAGUCCAUCCCAGCCCCCACUGUGCACAAGGCGGUGCCUCCCGAGGAGCCCCUGUUCUCCAGCAGCCUCUGGGGUCCGUCCAUGGAUGGGCUGGACCAGGUGGUGGAGAGCUGCCUCCUGCCCGAGCUGAGCAUGGGGGACUGGCUGCUCUUCAGUAACACUGGGGCCAACAGCCUGGGAGCCACCACCUGCGACGAGCAGAAGCCGCCCGUCUACAACAUGAUCUCUGCUAGUGACUGGUACGAGAUGCAGGACUUGGGCAUCAGUCUGGACACAUCCAUGAAGAAUUUUUCCCUGGUGCCCUACAGUUUACCGUCUGGUCCGCCCGCAGCCACUGUGUCUACGCCAGCCUAGAGGGGGACCACAAUAGACCACCAGCUCACUGGCUUCUGUAGAGCUGGUCUGGUCGACAUUCCAGAGGCAAGGGGGCAGCCUGGUUCUCAGGUUUCAGAGACGUUGAUGAGAGACAUGUCCGCCAUGAGUAAUUAAAGCGUGAAUGGAAUAGAGGAUGACUCAGUCGAGAGGGGACCCUCACAGUCGGGCUUAUUAAUGCCAUUACAGUUUACACGUAGACUUAUUUAAAUCUAAUAUUUCAAAGAGAUAUAUUUAUCUCUGAACUUGUAACUUAACUGACUGCCCAGCAUGGGUCAAGUAUUUAUCACACAGUGAAGACAAACCUGAAAGUAUGACUCAACAGGAAUAUAUAAUUUGUUCUGCUCUAGUUUGUUCCAUUGUGUUUAACUCCUCAAGAAAAAUGUCCCCCAGACCUGGUGUAUGUUUGGAAGAGUUUUGACGAAAUAUGGCACGCUUAUUAUACAUGAAUCAUCUUUGUAAAUUGCCAGUCAUCAGAAUCCUCUGCCAUCCUGUGAAAGGACUUUGAAAGGUGUGGGUUUAAUAAUCUCACUGGGUUUGACAAGUGUUGGAUGCGUUUACAAGCACCUGGUUAGCUGAGUUGAGACACUGUAUGUAGCUGCAACCUGCUGUUGCUUUACAACAAAUGCUGCCACAACUGUGCAGAGGCUUGGGAGCGGCCAACGAUUGGCUGGGACUCGAUGAAAAGCCAACAUCCUCACAGCUACUGUGGGAUGCUAUUGUGGUUCUCAAAACAUUGUUCAGCUUAGUAAGUGGUAUAGAUGGCGUUGAGGAAGUGCUGCUGGGUUUUUGGAAGUUAAAGUGCACUUGUAUAGACUGACCUUGACGAGGCUACCUUGAAUUUGACCUUCAAUGCAUAUCUUUACCGUGCCCUUACACAAUUUCAGUGCCUCUUGUGUUGUACAUUGUUUUUUUUCAAGAGGAUAUUUUAAAAGUGAGCUUUUGAAUUAGCUCUGUUUCUAACCUGAUUUUGAAGCAUGUUAACAGGAAGAAAUUUAAAAUAUUAGGCCUAUAGGCUUGACUGAUAUGCUUUAAGUCUAUAUUAAUGUCUCUUGACUAUCGCAAAUGUUUGAUAUGUACUUUUCAAAUGUUGUCUAUGAACCUUUGAACCCUACCUUGAAUUACAAAACUUUACACCAUGAA